UUAAAAGUUGGAUACGCUGAUAAUAAAUCAUCAACAAUAACAAAUGAAGUUUAUAGAUUAAAUCCUUCUUUUAAAUCGUCAGCCCAACAACUUUCUCAACAACAACAGAAAUUAUUACAACAAUCAUCCAAUUCUGAUUCUGAUAAAUCUGAAUGUUCAUCAUCAUCAUCAAGAUCAUCCGGAAUGAAUGAAGAGCAACUUCUUGAUGUUUUAUUAACUUUACAAUUGUAUUCUCAAUCUACUAAUGAAAAUCAAGCUGGAGAAUUAUUAUUACAAAAUCCUCUAUUAGCAUAUGAUUUAUUUAGAAUUUUGUUUCAACUUGAUCUAGUUGAUGAGAACAUUUUAAAGAAAAUAGUAUCUGAAAAACAACCAGAACGAACUUCUAAUACAACAACAGUUCCCAUAAACAUGAAUUGUCAAGACCUUACUCCAGAAAUUUAUAAACAACAUCAAAUACAACAAUAUCAAUUAUCUCAACAACAACAACAAAUUCUGCAGCAGCAAUAUCAACAAUUUUCACAACAAUCACAGCAAUAUCAACAACAAGUUCAAUUACAACAUCAAAAUAUGUUCACACCAUCACCAAAUGUUAUUGCUCAGCCUAUUCAACAGCCCAUACAACCAAUUCAACCUUUGCCAGUCGGAACGAACUUGAAUAACCCUUUUGUGGGUGAAUUGCAAAUUCAAGAACAAAAUGCUGCACUUAUUUUACAACUUCUUAAUCUCACACCUCAACAAAUUGAUAUGUUUCCUCCUGAUCAACGCAAUCGUAUUUUAACUUUGCAACAGCAAAUUUUUCUUCACGCUAGAAGAAUUUAACUGUAUUUGUCCUAUACAUCUAUAAAUGCAAAAAAUCGUGAUCUGCGUUAAUAGAAGUUGUUAUUCUAUU